AUGUCUUCGUCGCUAUUUUGCUCCUCCGCUUCACCGUUGCGGCUGUCCCCUCUCUUCCACCGCGUCCAUCGCUGUUACGGGGGAACAUAUAACAGGUCGUGGCGACAACUAUCAACAUCCCAAGCUAACUUUCAAGGCCCCUCUCCCUCAUCCCCCCCCGGCGCUUCCUAUACAACAAUCUCUACUAACCCUGCCCCCGCCGCCUCUGCCAUCGCCUCCAAAUUCAUUUCGCGCUUCCAAUCCCUCCCCCCUCAAACCCGCACCCAGACCCUUGACGGGAACCAAGUCCAACUCCUCUCCCUGACCUUGAACCGUCGCUCUCUCUACCCAGGAAGCCCAGCACUAUCCAACGCCAGGGCCCCCGAAGCUGGCACUCCGAUCCCCCCCGGUUACCACCUGGUAUACUUUACACCUGCGUUCUUGGAAGGCGAGCUGGGUCUGGAUGGCACUGACACGUCAUACAACCCAGAGCCGCCGUUUACAAGGCGCAUGUGGGCAGGCGGGGAGGUGCGGUGGCCACUCGGGCAGGAUGGGAAAGUAAAUUUGCUAAGGGUGGGACAGGAGGUGCAGGAGACAACGCGGGUGUUAAGUGCGGAGGCUAAGGUUGUGAAGGCGACCGGGGAGGAGAUGGUGGUUGUUGGGGUGGAGAAGGUGUUUGAGAACGAGCAUGGGGUUGCGCUUGUGGAUAGAAGAAACUGGAUAUUUCGAGAAGCACUCAAGCUCGACCCAUCAUCCAAAACACCCGCAGCAACAUUCGCCAACGCUCCUCCCGCCAUCUCCACCACACCCAAAUCUACCGCGCAACCCACCUUCUCGACCUUGAAAGAAAACAACCGUGUCACCCACGCUCGCACUGUCUGCCAGUCAGCCGUCACCCUCCAGCGCUUCUCAGCACUUACAUUCAACGGGCAUAAAAUCCACUACUCCCUCCCCUGGGCACAGACUAUCGAGGGGCAUGCUGGCCUAGUUGUACAUGGGCCCCUCAAUCUCCUCGCCAUGUUGGACCUCUGGCGAGAUGUACGGAGUGCGCAGCUGGAGAAUCAGGGGAGGACGGGUGAGGUUCUUGUUCCUAGAUCCAUUGAGUAUCGGGCGACAAGUCCGCUAUAUGCAGAGGAGGAGUAUAAAAUUGUUCUUGAGGAAGUGGAAGGCAGAGCAAUGGGAGGCAAUGUGAAUAUUUAUAGCCCCAGAGGAGCAGUGGCAAUGAAAGCGGUUAUUUCUGCCUAUGCUCUUUGA